CGUAAAUAUGACGAACGAGUCUUUAGAAGUGGAGUGUACGGAAGGAUUUGAUGGAGGCCAGCCCCAAUACUUCCUGCUGGAAGUAUACGAUUCGAGCACGGGUGUUCAGCUGGCGAACGUUUCUGCCAAGUUUCCAGUAUUUAUCGUGAGUGGACUCGAUCCGGGAAAAACACUCAAGAUGGUUGUGUACGGGGCCAACACCAAAGGAAGGAGCGAACAGGUCUCAUUGGAGGGAUUCACGCUGAAUAUCGCUGAAAAACAAACAGUCCUUUCCCUCGGCACCAGAGAUCAAAUCGAAAUCGCCCCAAUCCUUGGAAUUCUGGUCGGCAUCGUGACGGCCCUCCUUCUCGUUACCGUCAUCAUUCUAGGAGCUCUCAAGAUCAGAGCGGCCCGGAGGGAAGGUUCUCAGGCCCUCAGGCCAGGAUUCCUGCCAGUCAAAGAGAAAGUGACGCUGCCACUACGUUCGGAAUCCGAAGACCUCUUCGAGAAGGAUGACAAGAAUCCGGACGUCAUCCCGAGUAACAAAGAUUCCGACUACCAGUUGGGUUCGGCCGUGCAAACUCCGGGUCUGAAUAAUUCAGUGACCGCUCCUGCUGAAUACGAGACGGCAACCCCUGUCACCCCGCACCAGCAAAGCCCCGGAGCACUUCAAGAGGCCUACAUGGCUCGGGACAGGAAUUACAUACCGCAACACGUUGGCAACGAAGUCACAUAUGCCGAACUUGCACUAACUCGCCCCAACACUCUCGACACUAUUAGGAAUGGAGGUAACCAGUUCGGCACACUCCGCAACAGAGACGACCCUACGAUUUACGCCCAAAUUGACCACAAUCGGAGGCCCCCAGCUACAAAAUCUUCGCCCAUCGUUUCACCUGCUUCUGCAGUUUUUCCUCCUUCCAAAGGUAUCUACCACAGAGAAGUAGUAACGGUCCGGACGCCACUGAUGGGCUGUCAACAGGAAAGUUGUGUAUAAAGUGUCCUACGAGAUAUUUCUUGUGAAUAUACUGAAGUUGAGUGUGUUGUAUGAGAGUCUCUGGUGAGUACGGUCUCGGAAGAUUAAGAGGUUUCGGCUUAUUUAUGGGACAAAGUGGGAGAGUAUUUCAUUAUGCACUCCACUGAGUUCAGAAUAUGGUUUAUUGAAAACUGAAUAGUGCAAGGAUGAUAUCUUGGAUAUGAUACGAGGAAUUAAAAAAAACAUGAACUGUUUCAAGUCACCUGAAAUAGACAACGACGUUUGCUUUAUAAAAAAAUUGAAACUGUGAUCUAGUUACACAGAGGGUUGCGUACAAAG